AUAUCUCUCCUUGUUUCCAUAUUUCAGGAGACACAGAAAAAUUAAAAAAUAAAAUUAAAAAAAAAAAAGCCGAACGGGAACACAAAUUCUUAGCUCUGAUAUACACCGAUUUCUGCAAUGGCGAGACCCAACCAAGAAGCAAUCGACACCUUUAUUAGCAUAACCAGCGUACCCGAAGCUGUCGCCGUCCAAAAGAUCGAGGAACACAACGGUGAUCUGAAUGCAGCUGUAAAUGCACAUUUCAGUGAAGGGGAUAGAAACAUGCCCAGGGCUGAUCAAAAUCAAACAGGCACUGCUGCUCCUGAAGAUGAUGAUGUCAUGGAUAUAGAUGACCCUGUUGAAGUCGAGCCACCUAGACCUUCUCAAUCACUUCUCUCUCCGGCAAGAAACCAAUUCUCAAUUCUUGAUCCAGAUCUUCAUGGAGGCUUGUUAGAUGGUGUUUCUGAUUUCACAACCCAUGAACCAUCUGUUUCACAUCCAAAAGAGGUGAGGGAGAUUCCCAUAGAGGUUAAGGAUGGUAAUGGGACAUCUGCUCAUUCCCGUAACGCCCCUAUUGCUGAGGAUGUGACUGAAACUUCACAAGCACAUGUCCCAGAUACCCAUGAAACUGUUAUAGUUGAUGAAGGAGAUGAGGAUCCAGUUGCACAGGCUGAACGGCGUAAUGAUAGAUUUCAGCAUACCAGUGUUAGACCAAGUGCCCCUGGAUUUGAGGAUUUGCAAGACUCUAGCAAUGACAUAGAAGAACAAAUGAUUAGAGCUGCUAUUGAGGCUUCAAAACGGGAUGUUGAGGAAUCAAGUGAUCAUCAGCCUCAGCAUAACCCCUCUCAGUUAGAUGAUGCUGAACUUGCAGAAGCAGUUUCAUUAUCCUUGAAGACAGCAGAGCAAGAGAAAGCAUUGCGUGAGCAGCAUUGGAUGGUUGGAGUAUCUGAACCAGGAGCUUCUAAAUCUGCAGAGGUUGAGUUGGCAGAAAUAACAGCCUCAAAUGGAAGGUUGGGGGCAGGGAGCUCUUUUAUCCAAGAUAAAGCUGAUGAUGUGGAGGGGCAGCCGCUUACCAAGCAUGGGUCCCAACCUUCUUCCCCUGGCUCUAUGGAGUCUUCUCAAGUUGGAGUUAUCGAGCCUAGCCCACUGUCAAGUCCUGGACAGGAAGCUGUAGGCAAUGACCCACCACAUAAUGGAAACACCUUUGCUUCUGAUGAGUGGGGAGGCAUCUCUUCUGAGGAGCAUGAUGAGGCGGUCAUGCUUGAGGCUGCAAUGUUUGGUGGAAUCCCUGAUGGUGGAUAUCAUUAUGCAUAUGCACCACAUCAAUUCAUGCAACCUGGGGGCUCUUAUCCCAGGCCUCCACCCCAUCCUCCAUCACCCUCUUUGGCAGCUCAGCGCCUGAUACGGGAACAACAGGAUGGUGAGUAUCUGGCAUCACUUCAAGCUGACAGAGAUAAAGAGUUGAAGGCCAUGCAGGAAGCUGAAGCUCGUCAAUUAGAGGAGGAAGCAGCCAGAAAAGCUGCUAUUGAAGAAGAAAGGCGCAAAGGGGAAGAAGCUCACAGAAAAAUGGAGGAGGAGCAGGAGUUUGAGAGAUUAUUGGCAGCAAAAGAAGCUUCUCUCCCCCAGGAGCCAGCAGCAGAUAGUGAAAAUGCUGUGUCUCUUGUGGUGCGAAUGCCAGAUGGAAGCCGUCGUGGCCGUCGAUUUCUCAAGUCCGACAGGCUUCAGUCUCUUUUCGACUUCAUAGAUAUUGGUAGAGGAGUCAAGCCUGGCACUUACAGAUUGGUGAGGCCAUACCCAAGGCGCGCUUUCAGUGAUGGAGAUGGUAGUUUGACGCUGAACGAACUUGGCCUAACAAGCAAACAAGAAGCUCUGUUUCUGGAGUUAAUCUAGUUUUACCAGCAGCAUCUUUAGCCUUCUUUAUUGAUGUCAUAUUUAUAUAAAAAAAUUCUCUUGGAAACCUUAGGAGUACUUCAUUAAUAUGCCCAGAAAUUGGUUAAUCAUGAGGGUUCCAAUUCCAUACUUGAAUAUUGUCAUGGAGUAUAUAUAUUGCUGUUUUGGGAAAAAAAGUUCCAGGUGACAAUUAACCUGACUGUGAAAUUGUCAGUGUUUGUUUCCAUUGUGGGGGAAUGGAAUGGAUCCUUCUUUUUUGGGUGGAAUUCCAUUUCCAGGUGACCAAACAGAUUA